AUGGGUGGGGAUGCAGGUGUAGGAGGAGAUAUGGGGGGAGAUGUAGGUGUAGGAGGAGAGAUGGAGGGAGAUGCAGGUGCAGGAGGUGGUAGAGAUGGGUGGGAGAGGACAAGGAGACCUGCAAGAGGUCAUGAUAGUGCAACUGUAGACACGUCAAUUAUGAGCCAUGGGAGGAUGAUGUGGAGGCUAUGUUACACUAGCAGUAGCAGGAGCAGGGGAAGAGUGGAGGGCGGAACAGGUGCAACUAUGGGUGGGGAUGCAGGUGUAGGAGGAGAUAUGGGGGGAGAUGCAGGUGCAGGAGGUGGUAGAGAUGGGCGGGAGAGGACAAGGAGACCUGCAAGAGGUCAUGAUAGUGCAACUGUAGACACGUCUUACUAUCGCAGAGGAUUGCAUCUGGGACCUGGAGGCUCAGUUAGAUGA